AUGAUAAAAUUACUAAUUUUUUCCGCAGUUUUCGCAAUUUCCUCCGCCAUCCCAACCCAACUCAAAGACACCAGUCCUAUCACGGUUCCUGCGUGCCCAGCAGGUUCCAGACCACUAUUGAGGCCUGAUGGACAACCAAGAAAGUGUCUACCACAUCAGAACUCGUUGUGUAUUAAUGCACUACCCGAUAAGCCAAACGCCGACACCGUAUGCUGCUAUCAUAACCAAGUGGACUACUACUGUUGUCUGGACACUACUGAGCAACAAUGUCCGGAUUAUCAUCAGGUUACUGUAGUGAUUCACAACAGUUUCCCACAGAAUCCGUUCGCGUUGAAGAGCUUCUUCUUCAAGGAUGGUAUUGAGGAUGAUAUCAUUGACGCAACAUUCGGACGUGGUGAUGAAGGACUUCAAAACGAAAAUGGUAUACUUGUACGUCAUCAGCAACCUCAAGGAAAUGAGAUUUUGAAGCAGUAA